AUGAAACUCUGGAACACCACCUUGGAGAGCAGUUUCUUCCUCAUUGGAAUUCUCCAGGACAGUAAGUCCCCUGGACUGGUUUGUGCCACAAUCACAUUCCUCUCCCUGGUGGCCUUGACCAGCAAUAGCCUUCUGCUCCUGUUGAUUGCCGUGGACAGGCGGCUCCAUGUACCUAUGUACUUCUUGCUCAGCCAGCUCUCCCUUAUGGAUCUGCUCUUUACAACUAUCAUUUCCCCCAAAACACUAAUUGAUUACUUACACGGACAGAGCACUAUCUCUUUUUCAGGCUGUGGAUUUCAGAUGUUCUUGCUACUAACAAUUGGAGGUGCCGAAGAUACCCUCUUGGCCUUUAUGGCAUAUGAUCGUUAUGUGGCCAUUCAAUAUCCUCUGAACUAUAUGGUCUUCAUGAGACCAAAAGUUUGCUGGUCCAUGGUGGCCACAUGUUGGCUCGUGGCAUCUUUGAAUUCCCUUGUGCAUACCAUAUACACUAUGCACUUCCCUUUCUGUAGAGCCCGGGAGAUAAGCCACAUGCUCUGUGAGAUCCCUCCAGUGCUGAAGUUGGCAUGUGCUGACACCACAAAGUACCAAUUCAUAGUGUACACAAUGGGUGUGACAUUCCUCCUCAUCCCCCUCUUUGCUAUCCUUACCUCCUAUGUACUAGUUUUGAAUGCUGUGUUUCGCAUGCCUUCAACACAGGGGAGACAGAAAGCUCUCCUUACCUGCUCAUCCCAUCUGACAGUAGUUGGGCUCUACUAUGGAGCUGCUGUGUUCAUGUAUGUCCUUCCCAGUGCCUACCACAACCCUCGGCAAGACAAUAUUCUCUCUGUGCUCUAUACUGUCAUUACUCCAACCCUGAACCCCCUGAUCUAUAGCCUAAGGAACAAGGACGUAUCAGGAGCCCUGAAGAAGGUGCUAGGAAAAGGCCCCUCAGCACCAAAAUUGUAG